AUGGCAUUCCAAACACCAUGCGCCAAAAUAUUUCUAUCGAUAAAGGCUAAUGGACUGAAAGAUCGGGAUGUCCUAACAAGGAGCGAUCCAAUAUGCACGGUUUCUAUGCUUAUCAAACUACCUAAUGGCAAGCAGAAAUGGACAAAACUCGGACAUACGGAAGUCGUUUGGGAUAGUUUAGAUCCAGAAUUCGUACGAAAAAUUCCAUGCGACUAUAUUUUUGAGGAGCGUCAGAAAAUGAAGUUUGAGAUAUACGAUGUGGACAGCACGUCCAGUAAACUCAGCAACCACGAUUUCCUCGGUUCGAUGGAAUGCUAUUUAGCUGAGAUUGUUAGCACGCGAUCCCUCAAAAAGGAGCUGAGUGGACUUACU